AUGAAAGUCGCGAUAUUAACCGACCAGACGCUGGUCCCAAGCAGGGCCUCUGCCUCUAACCCAAGACCGCUCCCCCAGCCCACUCCACGAUCACCAGACGACGCGCGAGGCGCGACGCCUCUCCUGCCUCCAGUGUGUCUCGGUCGAGACUCAGGCUCGCAGCGCGGGGAGCUGUCCGCUCAAGGGGAGAAAGGGGGAACAUGGAGAAGGAGUAGAGACAAGAUCGCCCCUGAGGUCCAGAGCGCAGAGAGGGAGGGAGCCAGCAACCCCAAGCCAGAGGGGGCAGGGGCGGGGUCGCCCGCUCUGCUGGCCGCGGAAGAUUUAUGGUGUAGCCAGGCUUCCAAGGACAGGCUUUGCUCGCCUCUACCGCCGCCGGUCCCGAUUCCCUGGAACCUGGGCCCAGAGCCCCCUUGUCCCACUCGGGAAAAGCCCCGCGAGGAUUCGGCCCCGCAGCUUGGAGAACACGUUCAGCUCCACGCGCUCCGUUCAUUACAUGCGGGCCAGGCGCACUUGUCGAUUUCGGGAAACCGGGACGCCACUGUUCUUUCCCGGAGGCUGCUCUCUGGGUCACCUCACCUCCCUAGCCCGCGAGGCACAUAUCUGAAGAAAAACUCGGGGACUGGAUCACUGCACGCAAACGAGAAAAGGUGGCUCCCGAGAAACUUCCCUGACACUGCCAGGAGAUGGCCAGUGACCGCCCCUCCCCCGCCUCCCAGCCCUUCCCGGCGCGGCCCGGGCCCGCGGCGUGCUUGCGCGGCUGAGCACAGGGGCGGCGGGUCCCCCAAGUCCGCGCUUCAGAACCCUGACCGGCAGGGCAGGCUGCGAGGGGGGACCGAGGUCUCGGCAGUGGCUUUGCUGUGUGGCCUUGGGAGCGGCGGCAUGGAGGCGCUCACCACCCAGCUGGGGCCGGCGCGCGAGGGCAGCUCCUCGCCCACCUCCAAGCAGGAGCUGCAGCCCUACUCGGGCGCUAGCGCUCUCAAACCCAACCAGGUGGGCGAGACGUCGCUGUACGGGGUGCCUAUCGUGUCGCUGGUCAUCGACGGCCAGGAGCGCCUGUGCCUGGCCCAGAUCUCCAACACCCUCCUCAAGAACUACAGCUACAAUGAGAUACACAACCGGCGCGUGGCCCUGGGCAUCACGUGCGUGCAGUGCACGCCGGUGCAGCUGGAGAUCCUGCGGCGCGCCGGGGCCAUGCCCAUCUCGUCGCGCCGCUGCGGCAUGAUCACCAAGCGCGAGGCCGAGCGCCUGUGCAAGUCGUUCCUGGGCGAGCACAAGCCGCCCAAGCUGCCCGAGAACUUCGCCUUCGACGUGGUGCACGAGUGCGCGUGGGGCUCGCGCGGCAGCUUCAUCCCCGCGCGUUACAAUAGCUCCCGGGCCAAGUGCAUCAAGUGCGGCUACUGCAGCAUGUACUUCUCCCCCAACAAGUUCAUCUUCCACUCGCACCGCACCCCAGACGCCAAGUACACGCAGCCGGACGCGGCCAACUUCAACUCGUGGCGCCGGCACCUCAAGCUCAGCGACAAGUCGGCCACGGACGAGCUGAGCCACGCGUGGGAGGACCGAGGCCUGGGUCUCGCAGCUGGCACUGGCCCGGCGGGCCCCGGAGGGCCGAGUGGCGGCGCGGGCGUGCGCAGCUACCCGGUGAUCCCCGUGCCCAGCAAGGGCUUCGGCCUCCUGCAGAAGUUGCCCCCGCCACUUUUCCCGCACCCCUACGGAUUCCCCACGGCCUUCGGCCUCUGCCCCAAGAAGGACGACCCGGUGCUGGGUGCAAGCGAGCCCAAGGGCGGCCCUGGCGGCUCCUACGUGUCGGCCUUCCGACCGGUGGUCAAGGACACCGAGAGCAUCGCCAAACUGUACGGCAGCGCCCGCGACGCGUACGGGGCGGGGCCGGCGCGCGGGCCGGGGCCGGGAGCGGGCAGCGGCUACGCGAGCCCGGACUUUCUGAGCGAGGGCAGCUCCAGCUACCACUCGGCCUCACCCGACGUGGACACCGCCGACGAGCCCGAGGUGGACGUGGAGUCCAACCGCUUCCCCGACGAGGAGGGCGCCCAGGACGAGGCUGAGCCCGGUGCGCCCGGCGCGGGGGGCGGCCCUGACGGCGGCCGGUCAGCUUUCGGGGACCCCACGGCAGAAGACAUGGUGCGGAGACCCGAGAGGAGCCCUCCCAGCAGCAGCUACGAGCUACGAGAGCCAUGCGUGCCGCUGGGGGGGCCCGCACCCACCAAGGUGUACGCGCCCGAGCGGGACCAGCACGUGAAGAGCGCGGCGGCGGCGCUGGGGCCCGCGGCCUCCUACCUCUGCACCCCCGAGGCCCACGAGCCGGAUAAGGAAGACAAUCACUCGACAGCCGCCGACGAUUUGGAGACGAGGAAAUCCUAUCCAGACCAAAGGAGUAUCUCUCAGCCAAGCCCCACGACUACGGAGCGAGGGGAAGAAGGGCUCGCCCUGGAUGUCACGGGAACUCAGCUGGUGGAGAAGGACAUUGAGAACCUGGCCAGAGACGAAUUGCAGAAACUACUUCUGGAGCAAAUGGAGCUCCGCAAGAAACUGGAGCGGGAAUUUCAGAGUCUCAAAGAUAAUUUUCAGGAUCAAAUGAAGAGGGAAUUGGCUUAUCGAGAAGAAAUGGUGCAACAGCUGCAAAUUGUCAGAGACACCCUGUGCAACGAACUCGACCAGGAGCGCAAGGCGCGCUACGCCAUCCAGCAGAAAUUAAAAGAAGCCCACGACGCCCUGCACCACUUCUCCUGCAAGAUGCUGACGCCCCGCCACUGCACCGGCAACUGCUCCUUCAAGCCCCCGCUGUUGCCCUAA